AUGGCUCCGCUAGAUUCGUGUUCCCGGAAUUCCCAGGAAUACCCUCUUCAACCCCUGGAUGAGGAUGACGACUCUGGAAGUCGCCCGUCUCUGAGUCUCUCGCGGGGAAGUACCAACUCCUUGCGACAUGGGCAGGGCACGAGUGAGCCCCUGCUGCCAACCUCAGUUCCACGUCCUCCCUCGGAAAAGGCCUCUGGUCGAUUCUCUCACGCCGUUUCAAUGAUCCGCGCGUGGAUCAAAGGACCCUCGCCGCCACGCAAAUACCAUAUCACACCUUGGUUCUACCACGCGCAAACCGCCCCAGGCCGUCUUAUUGAGCGAUACUUUCCUCGUGCUAAAGUGUGGCUUCUUCUGGCCUGCGUGGGAGCUUGGGGUGUGAUAUUUAUCGGGGCUAUACAUAUGUCUGUUGCGGGCCAGGAGAUACCAGGCUAUGGGAGUCCCGUGAAACUCUCCUGUCAGGCUAGACUUUGGACUAAUGCUACCAACUGCGGUCUCAAUGGGGAUGACUGCCGCCCUUUUGACCAUGGAGAAUUUGCGUUCCGAUGCCCCUCUAGCUGCGCGGCAGCGAUGGUACUCGAGCCGUAUGUCAUAGGUCCCGAGGAGAUCAAUUACCGGAGCCUAGUUAUCGGAGGGGCUUCGGAGACUGAUGCUGGGGUUGGUAUUUAUCGUGGGGAUUCAGCCAUCUGUCCUGCGGCGGUCCAUGCUGGACUUGUCAGUGACCAGAAGGGUGGCUGCGGCAUUCUCCGCCGCACUGGCGAACGAAGCGACUUCGAGCCCGUGGAGAAAAAUGGCAUCUCAAGUAUCGGAUUCCUUUCGAAUUUUCCUUUGUCAUUUACCUUUGGCAGCGAAGACCCUUUGGGUGACAGCAAUCUCUAUUGCCAGGAUAUUCGCUGGACCUUGUUCGCUUUCUCUCUGGUCGUGUCGACAAUGCUAUCCCUGUUCAUCACCUCGCCUGCAGCUUUCUACUCCUCGAUCUUCUUUAUAGUCUACUUCCAGGUGGUCCUCUCAUCCGACCCCCCUUUCUCUCCAGACUACUAUGACUUAGUAUCCACCGCACUGGGCCGGUUACUUCCUUGUGCCUUCGUCGGAUACGCGAUUUACUAUUUUUGUGUUCGACACACGUUGAAGGACUUGGAUGCCCACUGGGACAAGACAGUUCUUUGGCUAGGGAGCUGCUGGGUAGGAGCGCUGAACACCGACACGUUCGACAAAAUCCCCAUCUCUCGACUAACCCCUCAUGAUAUCCAGCAACAGCCAGGCGCCAUACCUGCGUUGAUCAUUAUCGUCGGCGUCCUCUGCCUCAUCGUCAUCACCCAAGCCCUGGCCUUCCGUAAUGAAGGGAGAAUGCCCCGAAUGCUGGCCAUAUACGGCAUCAUGGUUGCCGGCAUAAUUGCUCUGCUGCUUGUGCCGCAUAUGAACCUACGCAUCCACCAUUACAUUCUUAGCCUCCUCUUCCUUCCUGGAACGACGCUUCAAACCCGUCCCAGCUUACUCUACCAAGGCCUUCUUGUAGGCUUUUUCAUCAAUGGUAUCGCAAGGUGGGGCUUCGACAGUAUCCUGCAGACUCCAGGUGCCUUGUUGGAUGGUGCUCGGCUAGGCAGUGUCCUUCCGGAUAUCGGUGCACCUGUCUUACUUAACUCCCAGAGUAUUAUCUUCAAUUUCACAGACAUUGCGCCCCAUGCGGACGGGAUUAGCGUCUUGGUCAACGACGUUGAGCGCUUCCACGCCUUCAAAACGGACAACAGCUCGGCUGGCCUGUUUAAUUGGACGCGCCACAGGGCCGAUGAGUUGGAGUAUUUCCGGUUUGGAUAUGUGAAGACGAGAGCCCUUGGUGGAAUUUGGUAUGAGGAUUUUACCUCGCCGGUCACUUGGGAGACCGAUGGACGUUGGAACCAAACCGGGCCGACUUGA